UGUCCAAACUUUUGGUCUGUACUGUAUAUAUGAUGUUUAUUUCUUGUAAACCACUUUUUAAGGCGCAAUAAAAAAAAUAAUUAUUAUUCUAUUAUCAUUAUAAUAGUAAUAGAUUUCCAUAUCAGGCAGUAGAAACUUUUCAAAAACGCGAGAAAUCAUUAAUUAUCUAAUGCACUCUAAAAGAACCCCUUUAAAGUAGCUUCCACAGCAAACUAAUAACCUGUGCAGCAUUAUUUUAACCAAGAUAUCACUGAACCUUUCAAUGUAGCUCUGUAGGGGUCAUUUCGAUGUGAUACAGUUACACGAUGGAAGAGCAGGGCCACAGAUGGAGCGCUCACAUGGCGUCUUCGUUCUCGUUAACAAUAUAAAACAUCUGACCUUCCGAGGCGUCAAACGUUUCAGUGUCAGAGCCUGAUCAAGUGCUGCCGAAACUCCAACCAAUAAACCGCCCCUGCCUCUUAAGGAAAUUAAUUACGUGGGCAAACUGCCGAGCCACGACCCCUUCCAAUCCGGAUACACGGCGUCCACGUUCGCACCUGAGCUCGGUGGAUUUACGACCGAGGCCGAACGUCCUGACACUCGACGGCCCGGUCCUGACACGCGCAUCGUCACACGCACCUCGUUUUUAUUACUCUAUUCACUCGGGAUUUACAGUGUGGCCCGGAUCCGGCAGUGACACACGACAAGAUAAAAAUACAAAAAAAAAAAAGGAGGAAGGGAGAGGUGAUGGUAAAGAUGGACAGGUGAUACGACACCUCGUGGAGUGUAUAGAUAUAUAUAAGGCCUGGAGUUCAUAAACGGAGAAAGCCACAGGGUGUGUAUCUUUAGCUGAAGCGAUGCUGUGGAAAGCUGCUCUGUCCUGCGCUCUGCUCCUCACAGCUCUGGAGCCUCUUCUCACACACCCCAUCACACAGCUGACCGGUAUGUCCUACACGGGGCCUGUAUCAGAAGAGGAGCAGGUGAUGAAUCCUGACGAGAUGUCUUACUCAGAGGGGACGUUUUUGUCCCAGGGGUCAGCAGGAAUUGGCUUUCCUUCUUUCCUAACAGGAGACAAAAGCAGAGAAGCUCUCAAAACAGCUGGCUUUAUUCCAGGCCAAGUGGUAAAAGAGGUGCUGCUAGAAAAGCCCUGGCUGAACCCACUCAACCGUUUCCUGGGUGGCAGGAAACAGUACCGAAAGCGUGGGGGAAACUCAGAGUGCUUCUGGAAGUACUGCGUCUAAAAAUAAACUCACAAAGACACACACACACACACACACACACACACACACACACGAACAAAUGCAUGCUUACAGGCUGUCACGUGCUUUUACAACAACCUAGAAAAGACUGUGUAUAAGUAGACUAUCAGAUGCGACUUGAUUUUGUACCUUUGGCACAGGUGUAAAUAGAGUAAAUAAUGUGUAUAACAAUAUAUAUAUGUUUAAAAAAUUGUUUGUCUACUCCUUCCUU